UCCCGUUGCUAUGGUGACACAUAAACUGUCCGCUUACCGGAAGUAGGAGUCAGCGUGUGUUUUAGACAUUCAGAAACUGAAAUAGUUUCUUUCUAAGAAUAAGCUGUCGUUUAACAGUAAUCUCAACAAACGAUGUCUUUAUCCCGGGCUCAGAGUCUCAUACUUGCAGCGGUAGUGGAGGACUGUUCACACCAGCUGGACAUCCUGGGACAUACCCUGACAGUGCAGAGGAGCAGGAUGCAAGGAGCAGGAGCUGUACAGGAGAGAGUCAGACUGACCAAGGCCGUACAAGAUUGUCAAUACAUCUCGCAGCAGAUGUCCAAGCUGCAUUUGGAGCUGGCGGAGAAGCAGAGUUUCAGCUCUCUGUUGCAGGCCGUGGCCGAUGAGCAGCAGGAGGAAGAGGCACAGAAAGCACUGGAUGAGAGACGACAGGCUCUACAGAGACAAAAAGAGGAGCUUCAACAGAAAACUGAGAAACUCAAGGAAAUGUCCAUGCUGCAUGGACAACUGAGUAAUCAGCUGUCCAAGGCCAAGCAGAAAAAGGAAACUAAGGAGGGAAAGUCAACUGUAAAAAGCAGCCAGAUACAAACAGAGACUUCCAAGGCUGAGAAGCUGCUGGAGGAGCAGCUGGAGAUGCUGCAGAAAAAGCUGAAAGAUGAGAUGAGAUGUCAUGAAGUGGCCAUGAAAUUCUUGCAAAAUCAGCAUGAGGAGCUGCAGCAGCAGCUGCGAGAGUGGCAGCAGCGCACAGAUCAGAUGCUAAAGGAGAAGCAGCACCGCCUCAACAGCGUGUGCAACGAAAGAGCGCUGAACUCCGACAGGCUGAUGGAGAUGAGGCGAAAGUUCAGGGAGAUGGAGCUGUUGGUGAUCGAGGAUAGAGAAGAGCAGGAGAAACUGCGGCAACAGCAGGCAGAGGCCACAGCUGCUACCAAGCUGCAGGCAUGGUGGAGAGGCUGCAUGGUCCGCAAAGGCCUCGGCCCUUUCAAAAGAGCAGAGGAUGACAAAAAAGGCAAGAAGAAGAAGGACAAAAAGAAGAAGAAGAAAUAACUUUUCUUAUACAAGACUUCUGGACAUUAACACUAUGCAUAUGCAGUAAUUUAAAAUGAACAAUAAAUAUUUAUUUAAAACUGUGAAAACAUAUUUUUUUUCCAUCCAUGUCAUUUCCAACUUGUAACAAAAUGGCACAACGAAGUCAAAAAUCGAAUUCAGCGCAUACAAUAUUUCAUAAAAUAUUUCAUACAACAUUUCAAGAGCAUCACUUAUUGUAUAAACACAUCA